AUGCAUAAAGUUAUUGCAGCUGCUAUUGAUUCAAAUAUUCUUUCGACUUCGGAAUCAUUUAUUGAUCAAUGUUGUGGUCAAAAUGCUGAAUAUGCUCGAAAUUAUGAUGAAAAAAUUUAUGAAUUUCGAGCUCCACCAUCGAAACAUUUAGCUAUCGUAUGUUGUAUGGAUGCACGUUUAGAUAUAUUUCGUAUUCUUGGAUUAAAACCAGGUGAAGCGCAUAUCAUUCGAAAUGGUGGUGGUCGUAUUCGUGAUGCUGUUCGUUCACUUGUUUGUAGUCAAACAUUAUUACAAACAAGAGAAGUAAUGAUUAUUCAUCAUACUGAUUGUGGUUUUACCUAUUUUUCAAAUAAUAAUCAAGUUUUAGCUGCUCUUAAAUUACAACCAGGAACUGAUGUUGGCAAUUUACCUGUUUUUCAAACAAUACCUGGACAAGUACAAGAAUCAAAUAAACCAGAUUUUAUGCCAAUCAUUGAUUUAGAACAAUCCAUUCGUGAUGAUUUAGCCGAAUAUAAAAAAUAUCCAAUGCUGAAUCAAAAUAUUACUGUACGAGGAUUUUUAUAUAAUACAAAAACUGGUUUACUUAAAGAAGUUAUAUAA